AUGGCAAAAUCUACAGGUCUAGAUAAGAUCUCAACUAAGCUAAUAAAACAGGCAGGCGAUACAAUAACUGAAUCACUUCUAGAAGUGUUUAACCUAUCUCUUAGGACAGGAAUAUUUCCAGAUGAUUGGAAAUUUGCCAAAGUGACUCGAAUAUAUAAGUCAGAAAACAAAACCUUAUGUGAAAACUAUAGACCGAUAUCAGUCAUUUCGAAUAUCGCCAAAAUAUUUGAGAAAUUAGUCUGUAGACAACUAAAUACCUUCCUGGAUAACAACAACAUAAUUGUAAAAAAUCAAUCAGGUUUCCGUCGCAAUCACUCAACCGAAACCUCGUUACUACAAUCCACUGAAAUGUGGUUGAAAUCAAUGGACCAGGGUCAAAUAAAUGGGGUUAUUUUCCUAGACCUGAAAAAAGCAUUUGAUACGAUUGAUCACCAGAUUCUAUUGUCAAAACUACAAGCUUAUGGGAUACGCGACCACACGCUCAAAUGGUUCCAAUCGUAUUUAGAUCAAAGAAAGCAAAUUUGCAUGCUAAAUAACUGUAAAUCUGAUAUUGAAACAAUUCGUUGUGGAGUACCUCAGGGUUCAAAUGUUGGACCUCUAUUAUUUCUCAUUUACAUAAACGACCUCCCAAACUGCCUAGAAACAACACAUUCUAAUUUAUUUGCUGAUGACACAAUUUUAUCAUGUCAAGGGCAUUUAUCCAUAGAUAUUGAAUACAAACUUAACAAAGACCUAGUAAAUGCUCAAAAAUGGUUAUCAGCGAAUAAACUAACAUUAAACAACGAAAAAACCAAAUAUAUGAUUAUUGGAUCUCGGCAACGAUUGAAAAACUUAGAUCACGUGCCAAAAAUCAGCAUAAACGGACAUCAAAUUGAACGAGUUUAUAAAAAGGAAGCUUUGGGUAUAGUUAUAGACGAUAGACUUAGCUGGAAUAGGCAAAAUGAAGAACAAUGCAACAAGAUAUCAAAAAAUAUUAAUCUUUUAAGAAAAUCCAAAGAUUUUGUUGGCCUAG